AUGGGAAUGGCAGAGGUCCAUGUCCCGGUAUUACACAAUUAUCCUCGAUCGGCGACAGACACGCGCCCUUGCAGUAACCCGAGUGUCGCCAAGGGCAAGCAAAAGAGCGAUUCUUUGACUUUGAUUCACUAUCGGCCCUUGGAAUCUUCUUCGUCUUUCUCCUCUCAACAGGUCGGUAGCAGACGACAAGAAAUGGCGCCCGCCCAGGACAAGGCUGCGCCACGCCAGACCGCGGUCGCGGCUGAGGCUGUCAAGGGCGUCCGUCCGGACAGCGGCUCAAGGAAGCCGUUGCCUACAUCGCGGCCGCCAAGGCUCGGCGAUGUGGCAGCAGCAAAGUCGAGCGCGUCCAAGACGAGACGGGGCAAGAAUGUCCCUACCACCACGCAGACAGCGACACCUUCGUCGUCUCGAAAAGCCACUCCUUCUGAGGAGCAGGCGCAGGAUGAGAAGCGCGAGCACCUAGACUCGAUGGCGAUUCCUGCCGCCCCGAGCAAGCCGGCCUCGUCGCAGAGAAUCCGAGCGCCCAAGAGACGUAGGGGCGACGAGGAAGCGUCGAGGAUCGGAAACGACUACGGCCCGUGUGCUGGGAUCAAGGACUGCAUCGUCGUGGGCGGUGGGUCGCCUCCGCCGGAGGAUCCUGACGAGGAGGAGGAGGACGACGAUCUCGUCCAUCUUGGUAACUCUACCAAGCUUGAUGAUUCUGCCGAGCUUGAUGAUUCUGCCGAGUUUGACGACUCUGCCAAUGUUGACGAUACUUCUGUUCCCGACCCUGUCAGCGCGUCCAGCUUAGAGGACGUGAUCAUGAUCGACGGGGCCGAUGAUGACAGUCUGCCGCCGCUGCCGCCCCAGUUGCCAGCCACACGCAACAGCUCGCCAGCCAUCCGCAACAGCUUGCCGUCUGAAGGCAAACGUUCCACGUCUGUCGACCGUAACGCGACCAGAAUCCCGACGCCGCCUGCCCCCAGCUCGCGAUCUGGAAGCAGUCGCUCCGCGUCUGUCGACCCUAGCGCGGGCAAAACCCCGACGCCGCCUCCCUGCCGCCCUGCCUCGGUACCGGCGCCGGCGCCGGAGGUCUUUCGGUAUCCUCUGCCGCCCCCCGCCAUAAAAAUAGUGGCCCCGACACCAGUGUCGCAACCUACAGACAUUGACAACAGGAGCGGCCAUCACAAUCACCAGCAGCGGCCGGUGGAGCGCCAACAUUCACGCCGCGAGUCUUCCCCCGCGCGCGGUCACGUGGCACCAGCUCCAAUGCAUCGCCCGAUUCCUGUCCAACACGGACCUCAGCCCCUUGGCCACCCGCCUCGACAGGAGCAUCCACGGAGCCUCGAUCGCAGGCAUGAUGGCUAUGUACAGCCGGCCUACCACGCUUCGGCUGCUACGGCUAUGAACCGCCAGCCUCGCCUAGAAAACCACAUUCCGCCGCAGCAACGGCAGGUGCCCUACCCCCAGCGGCAGUCGCAGCUCUCUCAGCCCCAGUGGCAGUAUCAGAUGCCGCCUCCUGAGCUGAGGAUGAAGCAGUAUCAGCGGCAAUACCAGUUGCCGCCUCCUCAGGCCAGGGAGCCUCAGCGCCAGCAGCAGUGGCCUCAGCUGCAACUACCCCGGCCUCAACAGCAGUGGCCUCAGCACCCCCAGCCGCCCAGUCGCCUCCAAGGUAGCCUGGCGCCAGAACACCGCCCCCACCCCCACCACCAGCAGAACCAGCAGCCCCAGCGCCUGCCGGGCAACCAGGGGCCGGCGCGCCGGCCAAACCCGAACCCUCGGUAUCGGGCGCGCACGCCGCCGCUCGCGGACCCGAUAAGCAGCGGCAGGCUGCCCGGCUUCGCGGAGCUGACGCGGGGCAUGGACAUGAGCCUGCCUCCCAACUACCCACCCGCACCCGUGCUGGGAUACCUUGGUGGCGGGCAUGUGCAGGGGCGGUACCGGUCCCAUCCUUACUCGCGGCCGGCGCAGGGCCGGAUGUGA